AUGGCGGCGACGGGGCAAGUCGCAGGAGGUCUGACGGAGUACGAUCGCCAAGUGUUGACCGCAGUCAACGCCGGAGCGGCGAGCCUCUCAUUCGUCGGGUCGGGCUUCAUAGUCCUCUGCUACGUUCUCUUCAAAGAGCUCCGCAAGUUCUCCUUCAAGCUCGUCUUCUACCUCGCCCUCUCUGAUAUGCUUUGUAGCUUCUUCAGCAUGGUUGGGGAUCCAUCCAGAGGAUUUUUCUGUUACUCGCAUGGCUAUAGCACUCAUUUCUUCUGUGUAGCAUCUUUCCUAUGGACUACCACGAUUGCUUUUACCCUCCACCGCACGGUUGUUAGACACAAAACGGAUGUUGAAGAUAUGGAGGCAAUGUUUCAUUUGUAUGUUUGGGGGACUUCACUAGUUAUGACUGUGGUGCGCUCUAUUGGUAAUAACCAUAGCCACCUUGGUACAUGGUGUUGGUCACAAUCAGGGCGUACUGGAAAGGCAGUUCACUUUAUAACAUUUUAUAUGCCACUCUGGGGUGCAAUUCUUUACAACGGUUUUACGUACUUUCAAGUGAUAAGCAUGCUGAAGAAUGCAAGACGUAUGGCAGUCGGCAUGUCAGACCGGGCUUAUCAAUCUGAUGGCAGAGCAGAAAUGAAGGCUUUAAACCGGUGGGGAUACUAUCCCCUCAUCCUGAUAGGAGCAUGGGCUUUUGGCACAAUCAACCGAAUUCAUGACUUUAUUGAACCAGGUCAUAAAAUAUUUUGGCUCUCACUUCUUGAUGUUGGGACAUCUGCACUUAUGGGCCUGUUCAACUCAAUAGCCUAUGGCUUGAACUCCUCAGUGCGACGGGCAAUAUAUGAAAGGUUGGAUCUGUUUUGGCCAGACAGACUUCAAAGAUGGUUCCCAAACAGUUCAAGGUUUAGAAACCAACAGCAAGAGAGUGAACUAGUGGCACUGAAAAUUGAAGAUCAGCACUAG